AUGGAGCUGAAGGUAUGGGUCGAAGGAAUACAACGAAUCGUGUGCGGAGUCACGGAAGUCACCACGUGUCAGGAUGUCGUGUUUGCAUUGGCACACGCCACCGGCAAAACGGGUCGCUUUACGCUUAUCGAACGGUGGCGCAAUAACGAGCGUCUGCUGGCGCCGCAUGAGAACCCGCUCAAGAUCCUUAUGAAAUGGGGCGAAUAUUCGAGUGACGUACAGUUCAUCCUGCAGCGGUCCGAUCAGCAGCAACAGCAGAAGAAAGAUGCACAUCAGCAGCAGCAGCAGCAGCAACAUCAAACGUCACCACCAUCAACGCAGGCCCAACAACAGUCCCAACAGCAGCUACUUCGCCAGCAGCAGAAGCUAAAUCAACUCAACAACAAUCAUAUCGGUGCGAAUGGGGGUGUAACGAAUGGCAAGCAUAGCGGCCCGACGUCACCCACAAGCCCCAACACCAAUACCAGUCCCAUCAUCCCAAACGGUGUGCUUAGCACGCAUAACCAUAUCAACAACAAUAGCAACAUUAGCAGCCCCCCACACUAUGCACACCACCCGAGCAAUGGGGACGAGCAGCAGCACCAGCAUCAUACACAGCAACAUGCGCAUGCAAAGAGCAAACUUCAUCAAAACAAUCUCAAAAACAGCGCCAACAACCAACUUCAUCAGCACGCGCACCACCAACAGCAGCAUCACCAUCAGCACCAGCUCUCCUCAUCAUCCACCUCGUCCGACCAUCAGCACCGGUCGCAUCAACAUCAGCAGUCGAACGGCGUCGGUGCGUUAAUUCGAACCGGAAAUGAUCCUUCAAAUGGGUCGUCGGGAGCCGGACCGGGUGUGGCAACGGCGGCGAUGGUAAAGCAAUCGGAAUUGAACAUCUCAAGCAGCGCGGGCGGUGCCCUGGAGCGUGGCAAGGAAACGAGGAAAAGUCUCAAUUCGUCCGGAUCAAGCGGAAAGACGGAACAGCACCAUCAUCAUCCGCAGCAGCUGCACCAUCAGCAAUCUCAGAAGCAUCAAGCGCAGACGAACCAGCAGAACCAAAACGUGGGCAUCGUUCGGGGCAUGGUCCAGCACCAGCAAAAGUUUACCCACGUGCAGCGCCAUUCGCCCAGCUCGACAACGGUCGCGCUAGCGAAGGGGGGUGGCGUCACCACGACGGCGGUGUCCAGCGACCACAGCAGCAGCAGCAACAGCAGCACCAGCAGCAGCGUGAGCAGCACCGCCAGCUCGAGCUCGCACGCGUCCUCAAACAACACCAGCACGAGCAGUGGCAUCGGCGGUAGCGGGGGUAGCGGUGCCUCCGGAACCAGCGGUGGCCAUCAUCCAAGCCAUCCCGCGCCGCAGCCACCGCCGGUCGAGGCAACGUAUGCCAGCGUGAUCAAGAAGCCCAAAGCACACGCCGCCGCACCGAGCGUCAGCAAUGGGAACGCGCCCCCCGGUGGCAACAAUGUGGUCGGGGAGUUUAAUGCAGCCGAUUUGCGCAGCUCGCUGGACCGCAAGGUGAACGGGCUGGUGUUUAGCAACGGGUUGAACGAGCGCGUAACGCAACCACCGUCGACGUCUCCUGCGGGUGGCGGGGCCGGCCCGCAGCAGUCGCCCGCCGCGACCAGUAGCGUUAUCGUCGGGGCGACACUGAAGCCCGACCAUCAGCUGCUGCACCACCAUCAGCACGGCACGAUGGGACGCCACUACCACCAGGCGCAGCUGCCGAAUCUGCUCGGCGCGGACAAUCAGCAGCAUCUGGACACGAGCAGCGUCAGCAGCAUCAGCAGCUCGAGCGUCGGAGGAGGCAACAGCUCCGGCACCCAUCCGUCACUGCUGAACGGUGGCAGCUCCACGACCAACUCCCCCAUCACGGGCAUCUCCUCGAACGGGGCGCUGGUGCCACCGCCGUACCGGGACCCACCGCCACCCCGGAACAGUCCGCUCUCGCAUACGCUGACCAGCCUCAGCAGUACCGGCAGCGGCACGGGCAGCAGCUCGCAGGGAAGGCGGCAGGAGAAGGAAGGUACUCUCACCAGCACCGGUGGCUCAUCGUCGGCGUCUUCGACCGUCUCGUCGCUGGUCGUGGUGGGACCGGGCGGACCGGAAGAAAUGCUGGUAGGCGGUAGCGACAGCCUACCGCACGUGACGGGCUACCGGGAGCUGAUGCAGCUGAUCAAGUUACAGCGCGAGAAAAUCAAUACCCAGCAGGCGGACCUGUCCAAGUACGAUACGGAGAUUGUGUAUCUGGAGAACCGCAGCCGGGAGCAGACCGAUCAGCUCGAGGCGAUCGCGCAGGAGCUCAGCAAGACGGAGCAGCAGUACCGGCAGACCGGCGACCAGCUGCAGGCGUACCAGUACGUCGAGGAGGAGAGCGAGCUGGUGCGGCAGCAGGAGAAGACGCUCAAGUCGGAGCUAACGCUGCUGCGGUCCAAGCUGGCCAACUGCGAGACGGAGCUGCUGCAGUGCAAGAACAAGAUCCGGCUGCUGAUGGACGAGAUACUGGUGGAGCAGCGCAAGUAUAGCCGACAGUACGAUCCGAACCGACAGCAGCUGUUGGAGCGGGCACUAAUGUGUGAAGUUGACAGGCUGCAGGUGGAGAUCGACCUCGCGGUCCAGAGCGCGGACCAGGCGAACAAGGCGCACGACAAGCUGAAGGGCGAGGUGACGCUGCUCGAGGGUGCGAUCGCGGACAAGAAGAAGCAGGUCGAGAAGCUGGUGCACGAGAUGAAGGAGGUGAAUCUGCAGAGUUUGGCGGUGGUACCGCCCGCGGACGAGGUGCGCCACCUACUGGAAGGUGAGUCCGACUUUGGCUCGGUCAAACCUGGCAGUACUCGGCGCAUGAUUGGAUCCCCCCGGCAGCUGGAAAAUGCGGUCCCGACGAGUAAAAAUCCGCACGGUGUAUGGGUUUAG